AUAUUCAGUUGAACCCCAGCUUCCUGUAGACAUCAAAUCAACAAACACUCCUCUCGCUGUGUAACUUUUUUUUCGUUAUUUCUAAGCAGUAAAAACAGCUCGUAAUGACUCUGGGAUAACACACUUCCCUCUUAACAAAUCGGUCGCUAUUGUUUUUAGGACAGUAAGACGGACGGAGGGGGUUUUAAACAUGUCUGCCGCCGUGGACUUCCACUCUCAGAUCGCCUCCAUCAUGGAGGUCCUGGCUAACGCGGCCGUGGCAGAGAUCUGUAAGGUGGUGGAUGACGGCUAUGCGGUGGUUCAGCUGGAGAUGUCACGGAGCCAAAAGGAGAGCGAGUUUCUGCGGAGGAAGAUCAAACUGCUGGAGCUGCAGGUCACCCGGUAUCGAGCCGAGAGGAUGAAGGCGGCGGAGGGAUCUGCCAGCCGCUUCCCCGGGGUCCGCCUCCUCAGCCGGCAGCGGGGAGACUCAUCGGCCGGUAAGAGGCUUCGAGCCGAGGCUAACACUGUAACAGAGACAGCGGGUAGACUGACGAAGUAACUUGACAACUCAAUCGUAUUUCAUUCUUUUUUGUUUGAAUUACUUAUUUUCAUUUGUUGCUUUUUUUUUAUUAUUUUGCUAAAAAGGUUCAGAAGCAUAGUGCAUUAACUCAAAAACACUCCGCUCCCUUCUUUAAAUGAACGAGAAUAUUGUUUUAAAAUUACGAGAUUAACUUUUGUGAUUAUCAGUCUUAUGCUAUUUUGGAAAAGAAGAAUAUCGUCACCCUAUUAAAAUAACGGCCUAUGUCAUUUUUUGACGAAAAUUAGUUUUUUGCCCAAAUCCCUUGUAAAUCUAUAGUUUGGCCUAAAUUCUUAGUUGAAAGGAUUAUGGCAUGAUCCUUUCAACUAAGAAUUUAGGCGAUUUUACCAGAGAUGGUCAGCAAGAGAUGAUUUAGGCCAAAAACUCUCUUUUUUUCCUUUUCAAAAAAUGACUUGGGGCUUUAUUUUAAUAGGGUGAUGAUGCAGUAAUUUAAUAAGAUAAUUACUUCAUUCUUUAUAAUAAAACUGAUUUUUUAAUCCAGAAGUCCUUUAAUUAUAAAAGUAUCUCAUUCAUAGUUUUAAAAUUUCAGGAAAUGAAAAGUUAGAUUUUUACUGGUAAGAGGUGUUAAAGUUCAGAGAGCACUUUGACUGAGACAUGUCUUGAUACCUGAUAAGAUGCAUACUGUCUCAUUAGCAUUCUUGAUUGAUCAAUUAAUUGGUUUAUUUGUGGGUUUGUUCAUUUAACAUUUCAAGGCAGGGUAUUAUGUACAUAUUCACAAACCGGGUGGAUGAAGAGCUGCAGGUUCAAGAACAAUGAAAACAAAGGAAAUGAUAAACAUGCUGAAGUCCAAAGAAACCAGUUCUUAAUCCCACUGUUCUUUGCAAUUUCAGGCAAUUUUUUACCCACUUGGUAACAUCAUUCAUUGUCACAAUGUAUCCCUCCAUUGUAAUGCAGAUGACACACAGAUAUACCUGCGGCUGAGACCUGGUGAUCCAAGAAGCCUAGAUGCUGUCUCUUACUGUCUCUGUGCUAUUUAAUGUUGGAUGGCUCAAAGUUUCCUUCAGCUUAAUGUCUCUGAAUUAGAAGUCAUACUCCUCAAUUACAUCAACUUCUACACCCCACAGAUAGAAAACUCCCUCAGAGCAUUUUUCUCAAACAUCUCAGCAACUGCAAGAAACCUCUGUGUAAUGUUUGAUUCAGAAUUAACCUGUCAUCAUUACAUUAAAAAAAUUCCCAUCUUGUUUCACUCAGUUAAGAUCCAUUUCAAAGAUUGAAUCAACUCUGCCCUGAGCAAUCCUGGAAAAAGUCCUUAGUGCUGUCUUAGGCUACGUUCAUACCGCAGGUUAUGAUGCACAAUUUGGAGUUUUUGUUAAGUCCGAUCUUUUUGUGCGGUCGUUCACAUUACAACAACAAAUGCGGCAUCUAAUGUGAACAGAAUGCAUCCGUGAAGUGACCUGCAUGCGCACAAAGUACAAAUUGCUUUCCAUGCCUGUUUGUGUUGUGAAACAAUGGUGACGUUUGUCGCAUAUUGAUGAUGUAUAGGUCGGAUGAAUGCGACCUGAGUGCCACACAGCAGUCACAUCAGAUAUAUAUCCGGUUUAUAUCCACAUACAAAAGAGGCCUGGGUCGGAUUUGAAAAAAUCAGAAUUGCACUGUUCACACUUGCAUGAAAAAAUCAGAUAUGUGUCACAUAUGGUUAAAAAAUCAGAAUUGACCUGCAGUGUGAACAUAGCCUUAUUCUCUCGAUUAGAUUACUGUAACUCCCUCCUCUCUGGUGUCACAAAUCUCUCUCUGGCCUCCAACUUGUCCAGAACACAGCAGCUCCCCUUCUUACUGGUUUUAACCAACACCAUCACAUUGCUCCUACCCUCGCCUCCCUCCCUGUGUAUUUUAGAAUUAAUUUUAAGAUUUUACUGAUCACUUUUAAAGCCAGUGGGUCUUGCCCAAAGUUGUAAGAGUCUCGAACAACUUCCCUGAGGUGAUAAGGCAUGCAAAAUCGAUGAAAUCUUAGAAAUCUCAUCUGAAAACUCACUUUUACAGGCUUGCUUUUAUAUGAAUUUACCAAUAGUACAUUUCACCUGUCGAAAUUAUCCUGAGCCACUGAGGUGUACUAUAUGCCGAUAUACAGUUGACACAUCUUCCGUGCCUUCUUGUUUCCCAGCGUAAAAGAAACAGUUCAAUAAAGUCACGUUUCUUUGUUUAUUUUUCCUUACUUGUUAAAAAAGGAAAUGCAAAAACAAAGACAAAUGGCGACAACGCAGUCAAUGUUAAUGUUAAUGUUCAGGUGUGUUUUCCCGCAGGUGUGCUUCACACCUGCCACUAAUUGCAUCUUUUUCUACUUAUAGUGAACAAACAUAUGAGUAAACCCCACCUAGUGUGACACCAGGACAAUUACAAAUGAUAAAGGUUUCAAAACACAAACCCAAAGAAAAUACAACAAAUGGCUCUGACAUGACCUUUUACCAACAUUUCAACUUUAACUUAUUGACUUCAUCUUAUUUAAAAACUCAUAUUUUAGUGCUUUUAUUUGAGCAAUCUGUUUGCAAGUCUUCAUUUAAUUCCCUAUUGUAUUGUCUUUGAUCAUGUUUACUUCACUUAUUUAAUGUUUUAUUAAUUUAAACUUUGUUUCUUUAUUUGUACCUCACAGUCCCUCAUCUUCUAAUCUGUAUUUAUUGUGAUGUUGUGUAGCUUUUUCCCCUUUUCCCUUUCUUUCCCUUUUCAUUUUGCUUUUUCUCUUUACUCAUCCCUUGGAAAUUUUUAUUGCCUACUUAUGAUUUAUUUCUCUUAUGCUGUCAUGGUUGUUAUUUACUGUACUUACCCAAGAAACUUUAUAAACUUCUGUUUUUAAAUGUGCUAUAUAAAAAAGGUUAAAACAUUAUUAUAUGCAGCAGCAAACAACUAUUAGGUGACAGGAAAAAUGCUAAAAAGCCUUGAAACUGUGUAGUUUCCUGUCCCCCAUCUGGUAUAGCUGUUUAUUCUGCCUUGCGAAAAAAUCCUUGAAAAUUUUGGUCAGAAAAAGUCUUGAAAAGGAUGAAUUUUUGAUAUUUAAAGAGGGAGUAUGUUGCCUCCAUCUGAAAGCUUUGUUUUAGCUUUCGCAGAGCUUGAUGUUUUGCCCUGUCCCCCUCUAUUGUGUUCAAUCAGUAGGGCAGCAUUACCCGCUCCACUGUGGAUGUCACCUCACACUAGGGGUGGGCCAGUGCAUUGAUUCUUCAAUGCAUCGCGAUUGCACACAUAACAAUCAAUUAUGGUUAUUUAUAACCAUAUAUAUUGUAUAUAUGGAUAUAUGUUCAAAAAUCAAUUAUUUUCUAUGAUAGCAAAAUUACAGAAACACCCGGAAGUAGGCUGUCACUAAAAAAGCCACCCAAAGGGACGGAUUUAUAACAGUGUUAGCCAACAUAGCUGCAGCUAACUCGCUUGCUUCUGUCACAGAGUGUGAGGAUCAUGCUUUCAGACCAUGGUUUGAAAUUAAGCACGUGGAGGCAUUUUAUGUGGAGGAUGAUAUUCAUUUUGUUCUCAUUCUGUUCAUCAGCUGAUUUAAAGCUGCUUUUGGUUGUGGAUAGCAAAAUGUUUGAUUGUUCCAGGAAUUUUUUACAUUUUCUAAGGGGGCGCUAUAGGGCCAUUUUCUGUUGUAUCUCCAUUUUGACUUUGGAAUCUUUAGGAUAACCCCCCUUCUGAUCUGUGAGCCAAAUUGCCAGCAACCUUUGUGAUGGCUGGUACCUGUGACUGCCUUUGACUGCCUCUGGAGAUAUUUUGCUAUGGAGGCAGCCAUUUGUUGGCACCUGCAAAAAGAGGCCAAACUAAGCCUCCUAGGAGAAAGUCUAACAUACUUUUAAAGUAGACGAUUGUGGGUACCUGUUACUGCAGUUUCAGUUUUCUAGCAUUAAAUCUUAAGGAGGAGUUAACUUUUGAAAAAAAACUUAAAAAUGGGCAAAAAUCUCAAAACCCAAAUUUUUAAACCAAUAUGGCCGACUCCGGGUAGGGUGUGACCCAUGGUUCCAAGAGGCUUUUUUGUUUUAAAUAAAUAUUCCCUAGCGUUUUAAUAUGGCUUUCAACUACUGCUUUGCAGCAAUGCCCUUGGCCCUAAUAAAUGAUCAUAUUUUCAGCUUUGAAUUACUUGACUUUCAGUUCUUCACUGAGGAAUCUGUUCUGUCUGUUUGUGUUCAACCCUUUAUUUACAAAAUAGUCAAAUGUUGUGAACGACAAGGAUCACCUCCGGAGUGACUGAGAUUGGAAAACAAAAAAGCAGGCAAGAUUCAAGAGUGUCAUGUAACACGAAAAUAGAUGACAUACAAAAGUAUAGACUUUUUAAGCCAUCUGUCAUGUCAAGUUAGAAAGUUCAAAUAGAGUUUUCUAAGUUUGAGUCAAAAAUGAAGGAACUGUCAGUUUUUUAGGUUAGUUUUGUUCAAAUAAAAAAAUGCUCACCAAAUCCAAACAUGUACGAGAAUGGUAUUAAAUCAUUGAUGAAUUUUAAAGUUAUUGUCAGCGUAUAUCAAAAAGAAGUGAUAAACUAAUGUAUUUUUUUAGAUCAAGCUCACUGUUGAGUUUUGUUUUCUUCCCUAACGACAUGAUAAAAUGUGCUGGAAUCAGACAGCUUAGAUAUGGCAUCAUCAGUGUAAAUCUAGAUUUUUUUAUCCUGUUGACCAGCAUGUAGUGCAACUAGGACUCAUGUGAAUAAACCCUUAGAGGUGAUUCUUAUUCACAGAGCUCAUUAACUUCAUUUUUCUGAUUAUUCUUUCUCUUAUGUCACGGCAGGCCCCUCUCUUCAGGGCAGGACUAGGUUUCUUAAUCGAGGUCCAGGAGCCCAGCAGUCUGUGCAGAAGACGGCCCCUAUAAUCCUGGAUCAGGAUCCCGAUCAGGAGGUCGUUACCACCACCAAAACUGAGGUGAUUAAAGCAGAUUACACAGACACUUGUCACAAAUUGUACAGGUGCGUAUCUACAGAGCUACAACCCUGCACACUCGGGUAUACCAGGUGGAGGAAGACUUUGCAGAAGGAAGCAGACAGUACUGACUUGCUGGUAUGAAAGUCCUCACAUUAAUUUAAGAGUUAUGUAAAUAUAUUUUCACCUUUAACCUCUUCUUAUGGUGCAGAUGACAGUUAAACUGACUCCAUUGUAAUCACAUAAUCACCACAAAUAUCAAAAAAGAUUGCUGAAGUAUCAUACAGCUGAUGUACUCCAAGAUAAAUCCAUUGCCAAAAAAUAUCUUUAUAAUAGUAAUAAUGAGAAUGAUCGUAACUAGAAAAUUCCCUCUGGCAAAUUCUGAAAGGGCCACGAGGGCUACUGCCGGGGUGUGUACAUUUUGAUGAUAUUCUUCAGAGGUUUUAAAUAGUUAAUACUAGUAGCAUUGUGAUAUUAUAUACAAGGAGCACAUCUACUACAAACAUUCUUUGAAGUAUUUAUUUGUACAACUUGAAAAAAAAAAAAGAGCCGGAGCAAAAGACAUUAAAAAAACUCCAAUAAUCACACUUUUUGCGUGUCCCAUUGACUUCACUGCCAUAGUUUUUUGCGACUCUGUAGCAAAAAAUUCACACACAACAGAGAAAAGUCAAAAAUCGAUGAUCCCAAUCAAGCAACAAGUUUUGAUUUAUAAUUUGUCCUACAACUCUUCAAGCUGUUGGACUAGUAGUGAAAAUUUGUCUGGAAGAGGAAUACGAAAUAAUACCCAGUCUAACAGUAGUGCCUUGGUGCGUUUGCCCUGUGGCACUAAUAACAGCACUCCUUUUUUUGGUCCUAACAUUACAACCAAAACGCAACAUGACAGAUUUUUUAAAUCCUUGGAGUGCACUGCUUCCUGGGGUGCUGCGAAAAUAACACCAACAUUCCUUCACAUUAAGCUCUUAAACAUUAAAAGUCAGCAGUGCAGGUUUAUCUUAAGUAUUUUAACAUGUUUGAAGCAAUAUUAGUAAACAUUGUUUGUUUUUUGAAUGACUGAAAAUAACGCUGUUCAAUAUAAAUGUCUAAUGCAAAAUGUUACAUUUUAAUGUGAACAGUCAAUACUGACUGAUUGAUAGAAAUGUUCAGUCUUGGUGUGAAAUGUUCAGUUUAAAGAAAAUCUAAUCUAAUGUUUAGUUUUAAAUCUAAACUAAAUAAUAAUGUCCAGACUAAAUAUUAAAUUCAGAUGUUAAUUUUUGAAAUUGAAUUUUUAACCUUGCUGUUAGAUAUGUUAGAUAAACUAAAAUGUUGAACCUUGAAUGUAAAAUGUUAAAAUCGGAGUGUUAAAUGUAGAGUCUGAAUGUAAAAGCUCAACCUUAAUGAUGAAAUGAAAUGAAAUUCAAUGUUCAGUGUUAAAUCUAAAAGUUAGAUUUUUAAACUUGGUAUUUAACUAUUUUAAAUACUAAUUUCAAAAGUUUAGUCUAAGUAUUUAAUGUUUAAUGUUAGUUUUGCAUAUCAGAUUUUAAUGUGAAGAGGUUAUUUUAAAUGAUCAAUGUUGAAUUUUAAAUGCUAAAUGUUUAAAACCCAAAUCUCAGUGUUGAUCAAUAAAUAUUAAAUCCAAAUGUUUAACUGAACUGUUUAAAGAUUAUAUGUCAAAUUUUAAGGAUUAAAUUCUCACAUUAAUUGUCAAAUUUAGAUUUUAUACGUAAAUCUUAAUGUCUGCUGUUCAAUCACGUUCAAGUUUAUUUUUUCAGCAUAAAUAAAAAUCUGCAGAAGAAACAGAAACUGUAAAUAAACAGAGAAACAGUCAUCUGCAGGUUUGAUCUCCGUGUGCUGACCUCGAAUCAGGUCCUGAUCAGUCUGUUUCUCAGUCUGCAGAGCCAGAGGGGGAGGAGGAGGGGGAGUUGCGUAUCGUGAAGGUGGAGGGAGCUGCAGAGACCAUGCCCACGCACCAGGGGGCGCCAUCAGAAACAAGCAACAGCAGAGGAGGCGCCAACCCCGCGUCAACGUUACCCACCGCCACAGAGGACGACGUCAGACGACUCAGUGAAACGGAGGUCAGUGGAUCUGACGUCGUCACCUUUGUUGUCAGCAGGACACCUGAGACUGACAGCUCUGACCCUGCACACUGCUCCCUGCUAACAGGAAGUGAUGUCAGAGCAGGGGGGGCAGACAUGACAGUUUCCUCUGAUGGUGUCACGGACGGCAGGAGGGAGAAAGCGUCCCCGUUAGAGGUGAUAGUAAUUGACGGAGGGGGGGCAUCAGACAGGGAAGGGGAGGGUUCAGAGCAGACACAGAGAGACAGACAUCAAAAAACCACAAUUCCCAUGAUGCGUCAGACUGGUCAGAUGACAGGGUCAGUCCAUCCUCCUGGUGACCUCCCUGGGACAUUUAGAGGAGGCUCUGCCUCCAGCAUUAGCUCCGCCUCCAGCAUCAGCUCCUCCAGCGUGUCUCUGCACCGCCCUGCAACCCUCCACAGACCAGCCCCCAGUGGCCCCCACCUGGCCUUUUACCACGCCGCCACCAUGGAGCGUCCGUACGGCUGCACCCGCUGCUCAAAGCGCUUCUUCCUGGAGUCAGACCUGCAGAAACACGCGGCACGGCACACCCGGGAGAAACCAUACACCUGCUCUCUGUGCGGGAAAAGCUUUGUGUGUCAGAGCCAGCUGGACAUCCACCACAAUGUUCACACGGGGGAGAGACCCUUCAGCUGCUCCAUCUGCAGCAGGCGCUUCUCCCAUCCCAGCAACCUGAAGAGGCACCAGAAGAUCCAGCAUUGAGCCAGGACCAUAACCCACAGACCACCAAAGACCCUCAAAGGAGGAGGAGCAGAAUGCUCAGUUUAAUGAGUACAAUUCCAGCUCUUAUUUUUGAGGACUGUCACAGGAAGAGAGAGAGACAGAGGAGAAGCAGAGAUACCAAGAUCCAGUGUGUGCAGUUUGUUCAGUUUGUUUUAUCAUCAUCAAAAGUGUGAGAGCUCAGAGUCUGUGGCAGAAAAAGGGGGGGGGGCACGACUCAGUAAUAUUCAUUAAAGUCCCACUCCGAUCUUUUUUCUUUUUUUACCACUUAAAGUGUUCUCAGUGGUCUUUAAAUUGUGAUUAUGAAGUUUUUAGCCAAAAUCACAUUGUUUUCAAGAGCUUUUCUUCUGCAGAGCUCCAGAAGCUCAUUAGCAUUUGCCUCUGAGUCGCAGGCGGAGACAGCGCUGCUGUGCACACUCCUCUUCAUACUAGCUUGUAGCCUAACAUUGACGGUGUAGUAGAAGUGGCAGGUAACAUAGGAGUUAUUCAGCUCUCAGACAUUAAUGUCUUAAAGGACAUGAUGAAAGUAAAUAUCAUAAUUAACUUUCUUACGAGCAUUUCAAUCCACUAACGCACACACUUGUUCAGCGAUUGUCCUCUUUACUUCUUAGAGUCUGGUCUGCAUAGCAGGGCUCUGGGGGCGGAGCUUGGAUUUGUGACGUAUGAAAUCUCACUGCCCCUCAAUUAUCAAUCUUGCGCAGAUCUGAGCACAAGAUUCAUCCUACGAUAGGACACACGUGAGAUUUAUGAAAGGGUUAGGGUCAGGUCUUGAUAAAUGUGGCGGCUGAAAUCAAUCGUCAUUAACAUGUUCACACCCUUAAAUAUUCAUGGUUCAGAAGCCUCGCCCACUGAGGUCAAGCAUGAAAAAGGAGAAAUAUUAGAAUGAUGCGAAACUUUUCUGAGCUGAAAGUGGAUAUCCUCACAUCUGUGGUGGAAAUUAACAAGGAUUUUCUCUUUGGAAGCAUCAAAACUGGUAUAAAAGCAGUCCAGAAAACUCCUGUCUGGAGCAGGAUUAUGGAGGCGGUGAACAGCGCUGCAGUGGAAUAGCAGACAGUGGCUGAAGUUUGAAUAAAUCAUUAGUCAAUAAGUUGCUCAUGAUGAUAAAUUAAUAUCUCUUACAUGCCUCAUAUUUGUUUAUUGCCAUGACAUAGGGUAUGUUGCUCCUAUUAUUGAAAGUAUUUAGUUUUAAUUUGUUGCGUCUUUGUAAUGUAGAGCAGACUGGAGAGUCUGACAGAGGCUGAACAAAAAUAAUUAUUAACGUCACCAAACGGUGUGUUGCUGCCCCUGAGGCACAUUUUUAUGGAUUUCUAUUGGAUUUUUAUCACCGAUUAAAUAGCAAGAGCACUUUCUCAACUGAUACUUUACAUCAGAAUCCAUCAAUAAGGUCCUGUCUCCUCUGUACAGCACCUUUGUGGAGUCUCUCCUUGUUAUUGUUCUCCGGGCAUCGGGUCCUCACGUUACACCGGCACAGCUAACAGCACUCCAUUCACCAGUGCAACAUUGUGCAAAACUGAACUGGCCCAAAUGAUGUCCCACAUCCUUCCAGGAGUGUACAACAACGUCCCCGCUGCUGGGCCAAGACAGGGACACCUGCCUUUAGGAGUCAAACGCAGCGCUCCACAGUGGCGCAUGUGUGCGCAAUGUUGAAAUGGCGCUCCUGCUCUGUGGCAGUGUUUUUGGGCAGAGUUAUCAAAUAGGCCUAUUCGCUAUAGACAUAACACAUUUUUUUAAUUUAAUGUAUUUACGUCUUAAUCUUUAAUAAAAUCCAGCUGAUUGUGCGUAAUUACAGGUUUGAGGUGUGUUUAUCAAUUAUUUUGAGACAGACAUUUGCUGAACUGCAGAUCCACACUGACUCAAACUUGCGUACACGAUGUCAGACCUGUCGUAAGAUUUGGUCGUAGCGUACGCUCACGUGCAGAUUGAUAAAUGCCGAUCCUCACAACAAAAUUGUCCUACGCAAGGUGUACGCAAGUUUUCUGCCGUACGCAAGCUUGAUAAAUGAGGGCCACUGUGUCUGAACCUGUGGUUUGUGUCUGCCAGAGAUUCAUAGCGAUUUGAAUUAAGAAAUACUCAGAAAUGCAAUUUCACACUUAUUUUCUCCAUGAUAUGACCUGUAGCAUCAGAAAAAUGCCAUAUGAACAUGUAGACAACAAGAAAAACAGGAUUUUCAUCUGAGUGGGUCUUUAAAAAAGAAAGUUAUGAUCAUGAACCAAAUAUAUAAAACUUCAUCAUUACUUCUUUUAGUGUAGAGUGUUUCCUUCAGGAUUAAGCUGUUCCUGUGGUUUAGAGGGAGAAAUAUUAAAAUAUUUCAAUACAUGAUCCUGUUUAUAAAAUGUUAGGUCAUUUAUUUAUUCUUUUUACAUCCAUCGUGCUUAUUCACCAGUGUUUUUUGGUGUGUUUUCACAGACAGUUUAACUGUGCACACAUCACUGUCAGUUUUAUGAACACACACCUGACAGCUUUCCUCUCUUUGUACACACAGCUGUGUGUCCUGCACAGCCCUCUACAGCUCAGCUUAGCGAAGGUUAAAGCUCCAUUCAGCAGUUUAACUGGACCGCUUUUGUCUGUCCCAGUUUUCAAAUGAGGGUUGAGACAGGAAUUGUUCUGGAUCACAGUAUCCAGAAUUUUGUCCAGAUCACCACCAAAAUGUAAUGGGAUCCUCCUGGGGCUGAGACGCACCUCUGGUGAAAAUUUCAGGUCAAUCCAUCUGUUACUUUCUCCGUAAAGUUGCUAACAGACAAACAAACUCACAAACAAACAAACAAACCAACACUACCAAAAACAUAACUUCCUUGGCGGAGGUAAUUAUGUCCUCCUCUACAGUCAAUGGCGAUAUGCCUUCUUUUAGCUAGUUGCUAACGGGCAGCCUCUUGGUCCACCAAUCAGGUCAUGUACAGAAACAAUCAAACCCUUCAGCAAAAGGCUAACACAUUCAGAGCUGACCUGGGGAAAAUCUGAAACUCUACAACUCUGUACGAGGGGUUCACUGUUACUUACGGCAGAUACCAAUUAUUGGGGUUGAUAAGACCAACAAUCAAUAUUAAAAACUAACGUGUAUUGAUGGCAAAAUGAACAAAAAAAUCUAUAAAACUGUAGAUUUAGAGUUUUUCAAGCACAACACUUUUGCCUGGUUUGUCUGUUUUUUAUGCGUUCUUCUUCUUGGUUUUAUUUAGUUCCCGGCGUACUUCAACAUUUAUGCCGUUCAGCCUCUGAGUCAAACCCGACAUGAACUGUGGAGCGUGCUCAGAAUGGUUCGGAAAGUUUCAGUCAGACAGAAGCAUGUACAUAGGAGAGAUUGAUGCCCAAACACAUUAUUCAGGUAUUUCAGUCCGACUGUUGGACGAAUGUGUUUUCAUGUGUGUAAACAUUUUUAGUCAGACUAAUCAAUCAAUCAAUCAAAUUUUGUUUAUAUAUCGCCAAUUCACAACAGUCGUCAUCCCAAGACGCUUUUCAAAGAACAAGAGCAGGUCUAGACCACGCUCAUUGUUUGAUGAUUAAGAACCAACCUAAAAUGGGUUUUGGCCCACCUCAUCUAACAUAAGUAGCAGUGGCAAGGAAAAACUUCCUUUUAACAGGCAGAAACCUUGAGCAGGACCAGACUCAUGCCAGACAGCCACCAAGCCGCUGCUGGGUUGGGGAGGAAUACAGAAAGAGACAGGGAGAGAGAGAGAGAGAAGAGGGGAGACUAAUGCAUUAAACAGAUUUUUUGAAUGCACUGACCAUUUGACGAUAUUCAUCAACAGCUUUAUUUAUAAACGGCAUGUUUCAUUUGGUUAGAAAAAAUAAUUUUCUCCAUUAGUCUAACUGAAACUGGACUUUUAAAAUCAUGUAAACAAGCUAGUCUGACUGAACUUUCUCUCACUCAGACUUCUUAUCGUCCAACAGUCCUGGUUAAUGUGGUUGGGGAUUGAUUUUCUUUUCUAUGGAUACGCCUCAAUCAGACUUUUAGAGACAGCAGCUAAAAUGAAGCAUUUUAAACGGAGGCUGAAAAAUAAUGAUUUAAUUUUACACCAGAGUUAGAAACAGGAGGCUUUUAUCGAUCUGAAAAUCUUGUAACGAUAUAAAUGAGGUAUUGGAAAGGAGGUAUAGAGUCUGAAAAAACGCAUAAUAACCUCUUUUUAAUAUAAGCUACUUUGGUGGGAUUAAGAUUUAGUUUACAAACCUGGACUGAAAUCCACGAGUGUGUAAUUAUUCCCUAUUAUAACAAUUAUAUCAAUAAAUCAUGAAUUGCAGAACACCUUCCAUGCUUACAUCCAGCAGAGUUUGUGCGAAAGGACAAGAACUGAAAAUAAAAAUUAAUAUAUAAAAUCAAUAAUAGAUAAUAGUUCAACCCACACUGAUCAAAAAAUGUCUCUUAGAUUGCUUCUUACAUGUUUUCAUAGGGGAACUUGGAAACUUUGUGAGAUCCGAGAGCCUGAGUCGAAAUAUGACAUAAAAGGCCUUCAUUGAUAUCAAAAAGUGUUAAUGAUUUCUGUUAAUUCAUGAUCAGGUGCUAUUCUGCUGGAUUUUUAUGAAAGAGCUUCUGUGGAGUGAUGAGUUUUAUGUGGUAGUAUCAAUCAGCUAUCUGAGCCAGUGGAAGCAAUUAUUUUCCUCAGGCAUUUUAUUCUACAACCUAAAAUUUUCAUUGAAUCUUUUUUUUUUUUUAUUAGGACAAAAAAAACUCACUGAGCCAGCGCAGAUGCACACAAGAUUAGAUAUCUGUAAUAAACUCCUAUUGGACAAAGAAAUAAGAUGAAACACAUGAUAAAAGGAAAAUCCUCCUCCCAGUUAAAGUCAUAUUAGAUAAGAUAAGAAGAACUUUAUUUGUCCCUGAGGGGAAAUUCAAUAAUUAAAUAUGAUAUAAAGAUAUAGAUAAUUUUUGCAUCAAGCGGAACACCUACAGCAGACAUGCUUACCUCCAGUUAAUUAUAAUUGAUAAGACUGCUGCAGAGAAGGAGGAAAUAAGGGCAGUGGAGGGGCAAAGACAUGCAACAAAGGGUGACAGCAGGGGUUAACGCUGCAGCUGUGAUUUUCGUAAAGCAAAACAAGCUGCAGUUAUUCUGUAGUCAAUCCAGAUCAUCAGACAAACGUUCAAGAGGGCGUAACCUUCAGGCACUUAGACUAUAAGGCCAGUGGCACUCCAUUGUAAAUAUACACCAUGAGUAAAUAACAAAACACUGAUUUAUUGUAUUUUUGCACAACUUCUCACUUAGAAAUGUAACAUGGGGUGUACCCGCCAACUCUGCCCAGCUCAGGGCGCUCAUCUUAGAACCACUCAGAACUGGUCCCCGUUUGACAUGCAUAAAAAAAAAUAAUUAUAAACAUCACUAAUCAAAAAAUAAAUCAAUGUUAAAUGAUGACUGUUAUUGAAAAUUAUGGCUGAUGUUUUCACAAAGGUUGUUAUUUUAAGUGCACAAGAUAAAACAGAUCACAGUUUGGGAAUUCAUUAGUUUCCCCUUUCCAUAUCUUCUGUAAACAGCCAGAGCUGCUGUCUCCUCAAACUUUUAAUGAUGGUAACAGUAUGACAGCAUGAUUCAUCCAACAUCUCCCUCACCUUUAGCUGUCAGCUCUGAGUCCGACUUUAUGCUUUGCUCUUACUUAACAUGUGAACUGAUGAGAAUGUGUUAUAGAUAGAGGACUCCCCCUCUGCUGAGAGACUCUCUGUGACCUUCUGUCAGGACUGAAUGAAACCAAAUGGAUUAUGUAUCUGUUUUUUUUUUUUUUUCAUUUUCUGUACUUGUUUUAAUUAAAUUUUGAAAUAUUUUGAUACUUUACCUUUUAUUCUUUGUUUUUCUCUUGAUAAAAUGCCAUUAGAGAACAUCAGAGCAAUACUGAAGUCAAUUCUGAUCUUGUGUUCUCCACUGAUUCCUCCCUUCACUUACAUUUUCCUGAUGACUUUGCCAUCUCAGUCUCUACUUCACAGUCAUUAUGGUCCAUUAAGGGUCACACAGACCAGAAAUCAAGGGAGGAUCUAUCUGAAACUGGCAGAUUUCUAUCUAGGAACCUUUAUAUUCCGUUAUUCAGUGUUUGUUCUGCAUGACAUCCUGAAUGAUCCUGUUUUUGAGGUGACUUAGGCCACUUUUAGACGGAAAUGGUCUCCAUAGAAAAUGGAAAAGUGAUGUUUCGUUUUCAGUUUUUAUGCUGUGUUUACACAAAACGCAAUGUGGUUGAAAACGCUGUAAUGUGCAUGCCAGGUCGCUAGGUGGCACAUGUCGGUGUGACCGCGCUCCCAUAUCCAACAACGCAUACGUAGAACAACUUCCAUUCUACAUUAAUUAUUUGAUGCAAAUAAUUCUGUACAGGUCGAAAUUGAGCUCCUGCCCGUUCAAUAAAUAACGACAGCGUGACUCUAAUGUCUAGCAUGGCUGUUGUCAUUUUCAAGGAAGCUGCGCAUGGCUUUGAUGUCAUAAACGUGAGCCGACGUGAGCCAUGGUGUAACAGGUUUGACCGUUUUCAGCGUUUUUGUACUUUAGACAAAAGCGGGACUAGCAGAGCGUUUACAACAUCUCCACUCUGGAGGGGGUUUUCACUUUGUUACGUUUUCAUCUCCUGAAAUUGCAGUUGCCAUCUAAACGGAACCCCCUAAAUGAAACUAAAUUUUUCCGUUUUCUAUGGAGACAGUUUCUGUCUAAAAGUGGCCUUAAUUGGAGGCUUUUCAAAGCUCGAAUGAGCAUCAAAGAUAUGGCUGUCACUGUGAAUUACAGAUGCAUGUAGCUAACCCAAGAUACACUGUAGUGGUGCUCUCAGAUAGAACCCGCCCCUUUUUAAACAAAGCACUGUAAUUGGGUUGGUAAACCUGGCACUGAAGACAAAAUGUUCAUCAUGACUGUAGCUUUGGCCCACAUGCCUGCUGAAUAUUUAUAAGAACAUAAUGUGCAAACGCUUACAUUUUCAGUUAGUUUUGUGGCUUUCCACGACCAUGUCCUCCAUUCUCAUAAAAUAAGUACAUGAAUGGGUCAGGUAACGAUAAGAGUGCCCUCUGUUGGAUUGUGUUCUAAGCUGCUUCAGGCAGCCUGAUUAUACUGGUGUACUGUAUUAUAUGUUCAAAUGGCUCAUAACGGUUCUAAUAUGAACCUUUACCCCAAAGUUAAAAUAAAGGUUCUGAUUUCAAAUAAAAAGUCACAGCCCUACCACCAGAUUGGUCUAACAUCAAGUCUGGCUUCUGAUUGGGUUUUCAGAAAUGAACCGAUCAUAACUGCAGCUUCUGAUUUUUUAUCAUUAAGACGGCAGUUCUCUAUUAGCAUAGUCAGCGUACAACAGAAAUGGCUAUUUCAAUAAAAUGAAUCCAUAAAUCAUCACAGAUUACCUUCAGUUUUGGGAGGUUGGAUCAUGGCAGUCUCUCAAAUACACUGGUCUUCUCUGAGGGAUAGAAACGCUCUUGGAUGAUGCAAAACCCCCACUAUGUUUAUUGUCAAAAAUCAGCUGGUCUCAAUGGUGCAAGUGGAUUUUACAGUCAGUCAUACUGUUCUGUUUUAAGUGUUGAUGCUGCACAUACAACAGUAUUUGGCUGAAUAUGAAAUCUCCCUCUGUUGUUGUUCAUGCUGACUGCCUCUCACGAUGCCGGUAUUUUGUAAGGCAUGCAGAUCUAAGUUGGAGGCAUAGAUAAAGAACUAAAACUGAUGAGCAUGAAGAAAAAUGAUGUCAGUGGCCUAAACAUGUUGAAUCUGAACUCUGUUUAAGAUUCCCAACCCCACUCAGGUGUUUGUUAUGUUUCCCUUCACCUAUCCUCCUCCACUCUGAAAGUCCAGUGCAAACAGGAGCCUCACUGGUUAAUAGAGCUGUCAGUCAUAGCUAAUAACUUUUUAAGUAGCAUUAAAAAAAUUGGACACUUUGACAUAAACCAGCAUUAUAAGAGUGUCUUGCAAUGGCAGAGAGGCGUUUGUUCGACCUGCAUUGAAUCUUAGGAGGCAAAGCUAAAGAUCUAUCUUGCAGGGGGAGCUCUGAAUGUUUUGGCUUCACUUUUGUGUACCUGCCAUGUCAUGCAAUUUUUAAUGGCGGUGAACGGUAUUAGGUAGUCCCUGUGGCCCAGUCCACCUUUAGAUUUAUUCACUCUUAUCACUUUAAACCAUUAUUGACUUUUUAUGUUCCAUAUAAACAUGUGUAGCAUGUUCAUACAGUAUGAGAGUAGCAUGUGGUCCAUCAUUGUGUGGGUACAGACACCUGGACUAAAAUUGAGAAACACCUGAGUCCAUGUGGACUGAUGUCACAGCUCUGGCCAUACCCUGUGUAAUCCUUUGAGCUCAUCAAAGAGGAACAUUUAACACAGAUUUAUACUCAUAAACUGUUGUGUUUCAGUGCUAAUAAAUCAUUUUUUCUCACAGCUUAGUUUCCGCGUGUUAUUUAAAGGUGAUAUUUAAACUGAUAGGUAUUUAAACUGAUGAAUCAGCAAUGUAAAUAUGUUUUCUGAUGCAGUUUGGAGAGGAAAUGACAACAUUUAUAUCAAAUAUGUAAUAGCUGAACAGUCUCAGCUUAGACUGUGUAAGAACCUUAAUGUGUCUCUGUGUCCUCUAAACUCUUCCCUCCUUUUUCAGGCCCAGAGAUGUCCCCCACACCUGAGGGACCAUCAGAGUGGGCAAGAAGAGCUGAAGGAAGAGACAGGUAUCACUCUCUUUCUCUCUGCCAUCACCUUCUGCAGUGAAAGAAAAACCCCUGCCCAGGCACAUAGACUGCAAAUAAAAGGGUCAAACAUAAAUACAUAUAAACUGUUUUUUAGCAAUAUCCAACAACUUUAUAUAUGUGUGUAUAUACACUACAUGCCAAAAGUUUGGAAGCAAGAUCAGAUUUGUACAAAAAAAAAUCAUAGUUUCAUAUAUGUAAUUUGCAACACAAUAAACUUGACUAUUGUGUAAAGAGUAACUUAUCAGAAGACAUUUUGACUAUAAUUAUUAGGUAUUAGAGUUAUUGUUGCUUAGACUUCGCUUUCUUUAAAGUAACCUCCUCUGGCUUUAACAACAGCUUGGCAUAUACCAGGCAUUCAUUCCACAAGUUUUUUAAGGUAUGUUCCAGGGAUUGCAUUCCAAGUUUUCUUAAGUUCAUUAAUAAAGAGACUGCUGAAUCGUGGGAUGCGUUUUUUCUGACCGAUCGAUCCAAUUCAUCCCCCACAAGCUCUAUUGGAGAAAGGUCUGGAGACUGAGGGGGCCAAACCAUCUUUUGAAGAACACCUUCCUCUUCUUUUCUGUCUAGGUAACCCUGACAGAGUUUGGCAGAGUGCUUAGGGUCAUUGUCUUGCUGCAAAACAAACUUAUGAGCCACAAGUCUGAGUCCAGAUGGAACAGCAUGGUGCUGGAGGAUGGAGUGGUACUGUUCCUUCUUCAUGAUACCCUUUACUUCAAACAAAUCUCCUACUCCAUCACCUGCAAAACAUCCCCAUACCAUGGAACUACCACCUCCAUGCUGAAUUGUGGGUGUAACACAUGGUGCUUUCAGACGUUCACCAGUUUGUCUGCAGACUUAGACUCUGUGUUUUGAACCAAACAGUGCAAACUUGUUUCUAUUGUUCUGUGGACGAAGUACUGUUUUUUUUGCAGGUACACAACCCUUCAGACCAGCCUUUCUCAAAUGUCAUUUCACGGUUGUCAGAGAUAUGGGUUUCAACCUUGUCAUGUUGAUUUCCUCCCUUAUUUGUGGUGCUGUCUUUCGCCGAUCUCUCUUACUUGUGACAAUGCUAUGUUUAUCCUCUGCUUUUGUAGACUCUCUUUCGUCCAGGUCUUUUUCUAUCAUUAUAACUUCCAGGUUCCUCUAGUCUCAGAGUGUAGUGGACUCCUUUGUUAAACACCUUUAGGCGUUUUGCAGUUUCUCUUUCUGUGUAUCCUUCUUUCCUCAAUCUACAAAUACAGUUGUGAGUGAAAGUCAGGGCACCCCUUUAAAAAAAAGCAUAGUUUAUUUAUUAAAAAAUUAACCUUGAGAUUUAUAGUCUCUCUGGUAAAAAGGAAAAAAGACAAUAUUAUCAGAAAUCAUUAAUGCACAGUUAAUUUUUAUUUUAUGUAAAGUACAAAAUUACAAUAAGAAAAAAUCAUCUUUUUGGCAUGUGCAAAUGUCAGGGCACCCUUCAGCAUCAGUACCUUCAGUACUUAGUAAGACCCCCUCUGGCAGAUAUCACAGCUUGUAAACGCUUUUUAUAGCCAACUACAAGUCUCUGGAUUCUAUCCUUUGGGAUUUUACCCCAUUCUUCCUUGCAAAAGGCUUCCAGUUCUGCAAUAUUCUUGGUUCGUCUUGCAUGCACAGCUCUUUUAAGAACAACCCACAAAUUUUCAAUGAUGUUUCAAGUCUUGAGACUGUGAAGGCCAUUCCGAAACCUUCAGCUUGCAUUUCUUGAGGUAGUCCAUGGUGGAUUUCGAGGUAUGUUCAGGAUCAUUAUCCUGCUGUAGAAACCGUCCUCUUUUCAGCUUCAGCUUUUUUACAGAUGCUGUGAUAUUUGCCUCCAGAAUUUGCUGGUAUUUAAUGGAAUCCAUUCUUCCCUCCACUCAAGCAAUGUUUCCUGUCCCAUUGGCUGCAACACAACCCUAAAGCAUGAUGGAUCCACCCCCAUAUUUCACAGUUGGCAAGGUGUUCUUUUCAUGAAAAGCUGUUCCUUUUUUUCUCCAAACAUACCUUUGCUUAUUGUGGCCAAAGAGUUCUAUUUUAACUUCAUCAGUCCACAGCACUUGUUUCCAGAAGUCAUCAGGCUUCUCUAGAUGUUCUGUUGCAUAUUUUUGUCAUUGUAUUUUAUGAUGAGUGGAACAGUGGAAGGGUGCACCACCACUCCUGCGUCUGCUUAAUAUUCUUGCAGGUCUUUUGAAGUCAAAUGUGGGUUUUGAUUUACUUUCCUGACCAGCAAACGAGCUGUUCUCUCUGAGAUUUUACUUGGUCUUCCAGAUCUCAUCUUGAGCUCCACAGUUCCCUUCACCUGCCAUCUUAAUUAUACCUCGCACUGUGGAAACUGCAAGCUAGAAACGCUUUGCUAUCUUCUUGUAGCCCUCCCCUGCAUUGUGGUUUUUUCUGUCUUACACAGCUUCUUAGAGGAACCCAUGGUUGCUGGAUGAAUGCACAAGGUUUGUGGAGUUGAAACCCCUUAAAUUGGCACCAGCUGGCGCUCCCUGAUGAGAAUUGUUGACACCUGCUUCAGGACUAACGAGCUGGUGAAAGUCUCAGCAUCUUAAAAAAGAAUCUUUAAAGACCAGACACUUUAAAGCUCUCAGGGUGCCCUGACAUUUGCACAUGCCAAAAAGAUGAUUUUUAUUUUUGUAAUUUUGUACUUUUUAUAAAAUAGAAAGUAACUGUGCAUUAAUGAUUUCUGAUUUUUUUUUUUUGAUUUGAUAAUUUUAUUAAGUGUCAUACACCAAAAUUUGUGCCCAGCCCACAUGGGCUUAUUAGACACUGAUCAACAGAUUCAUAACAGCCACGCAACAUAAUAUACAACAACAAUAACAACAAAACUCCAUUAAGAAUUGUGACACAAACAAUGAGAGUAAUGAAAGAAAAACAAAAAAGUUCAUCCUACAGGGUACAAAAUACUUUGCUGCAUAGGCCAAGCCUUUUCAACAAAUUUUGCCAAAACAAAAACAUCCUUUUCAAACAAGCAACCCAAAAUCUCACCUUCACCCUUCCAAAAUAAAUCAGGAUUUUUAAACUGAAUUGAUUCAAAAAUGACAUUUCUUAAGUCAUCGUACAAGGGACAAUUGACAACAAAAUGAAAUUCAUCCUCAACAACCUGUAAAUCACAGAAUUCACACAAAUGUGCUUCUUCAGGUAAGCCUUUAAAUUGUCCCACUCCUACUGCCAGAGGUAAGGUACCUGUUCUCAACUGCGCAGAGAGAGAUCUCUGUCUUCUCUUUAAAUUAAGGAAAAUAUAAGGUUCUGUAAUAUAAUCCUUCUUGAACUGAACAUAAUUUCUGAGCUUUGGUUUCUUCCAAAUAUCCUGUUUCCAUUGGUCUUCGUGCUUCUCAAACAUUUUUUGUUUUACAGAAUUUAUAUUAUUAUUUUAUUGAUAAUAUUGUCUUUUUUUCCUAUUUACCAGAGAGACUAUAAAUAUCAGGGUUAAUUUUUUAAUAAUAAACUAUGCUUUUUUUAAAGGGGUGCCCUGACUUUCACUUACAACUGUAUGUACUUUUGUUUCUUUACUCAGUUGCUUUUUUCUAGCCAUUUUUGCGGUAGUUUGAACGCAGUUGAGAUUUAUUAGGAUUUUUGUAUGCAGAUUCUCAAAAGCCAAAAAGUUGAAGUGAAUAAUCCAACUGUGAUUUGUUUUUUUGCUUUUGCACUGAAGUUGUGACUCUUGCAAAUGUUUUCAACCCUAAAACUAAGCCCUUAUUAUCUUUUGCUGACAUAUAUUUAGCAAUGGUCUGUUAACAUCAAUGUAUAUCUAAAGGUAAAUGGAAUAAAAUGGUGCAUUUCCAUGAAAGCAACAUCUGAUCAUGGAGUGAAUACAUCCCAAAAUACAUAAAACUCAUGCUGGAUUUAAAAAAUAGCAUUUUGAACAAAAACUUGAAGUUACUCCCAACUGUUAAGCCUGUAAUGGCCUUGCUUCCAAACUUUUGGCCUGUAGUGUGUACAGACAGACAGACAGACAGACAGACAGACAGACAGACAGACAGACAGACAGACAGACAGAUAGAUAGAUUCUAAGAAAGAAUUAGAGAACAAAAAGUUGUAAAAAAGUACAGUUGGAGGAACAUCUUCAACUAAUGAGGUGAAUUUUUUAACAGGUUAGUAACAUGACUGGUUAGAAAAAGGAACAUUCAGAGCGGCUGAGACUGUCAGGAGGAAACAUGGAAAGAGGUUCACCAUUCUGUGAGAGACUGUGUGAGCGAACAGUUGAACAGUUUCAGAAUAAUGUUCCUGAGUCAAAGGUGAAAGAAUGAAUGGAUUUCAUCAUCAACAUAGCAUAAUAUCAUUCAAAGAUUUAGAGAAUCUUGAGAAAUCUCUGUACUGAAGGGACAAGGACUAAAACCAGGACUGAAUGGUUCUGAUCUUCAGGCCCUCAGGCAGCACUGCAUUAAAAACAGACAGGACUCUGGAGUGGAAAUCACUGCAUGGGCUCAAAAUCACUUAAAAAACCAUUGUCUGUGAACACAGUUCAUCACUGCAUCCACAAUGAGGUUAAAACUAAACCAUGCAAAGAGAAAACCAGAUAGAAACAGGAUCCAGAAACACCAGAGACUUUUCUGGACCUGAGACCAUUUAAGAUGGACUGAGGGGGAGAAGAAACUGUCUUAAGGUCUAAAAAGUCAAAAUCUGACAUUCUUUUUUGAAAUCAUGAUGGUUGCAUACUUGCCUCCUUUUUUAACCAGUUCUUAAUGAGUCUUAAUUGGCCGUUGUUACUCUUGUGUUCUAAAGAGAAUUUAGGUGGAAAAAAAACUCCUCUGCUGAAAUAUGACAGUCCCCAUAGAAAUCAGCGAGAGCCUCUGCAAUGCUUCGGUCGAACCAGUCAAAAUAUAACCUUCUUCUUGGAAAUCUAGGAUGCUGUAUCUUUUCUCUCAAGAUGAGAGAGACCACUUUACUCAGUUUGACCAAUAAAAUAAUGAACGUGUUUUGAAAUCAUGGACAUGGCACCCUCUUGUCUAACAAGUAGAGAGUUUAUGAGCAACAUCUGCUGCCAUCCAGACAAUGACUUUUUCAGGGAAGACCUUCAUAUUUUAGCAAAACAAUGACAAACCACAUUCUGACAACAGGGAUUACAGCAGCAUGGUUCUGUAGUUGAAGAGUCCUGCUGAUAAACUGGUCUGCCUGCAGAAAACAUUUGUAGCUUCUGUUUUCAGCAAACAUGUUUUAGCUUUAACAUUUGAUAUAUUGUUUUUCCAGAAUGACAACAAGAUUUGCAAACUAUUCAGUUGUGUCAUUUAUCAACACUAAGCAUCCAAACUUCUCUGAAAUCGGGUUGUAUCACUCACAUGUGUCAAACUGAACCAGAAACUGAAAACAGCAGUGACAUUGAUUCUUGCAUCCUCAUUCCCCAGUAAAGAGAAAAGCAGGAAAAAAAACCCUCAGAUCAACAAACACACAUGCUGAUGGAAAAGAAUCUGUUUACGCCAAAGUAAACACUAAUUUGGUUUUCUUACUCUUCCUCUCUCUUCAGGUGACCUCACAGACAAAUUAAGCCCCUCCCACUCUCUGCUGGACUGGCAGGACUGCAGUCAGGCAGGAGACACAGUGCAGCCAUCUUGUUCAUCGUACAAAGCAGACUCUGUUGCAGGAAGUUCAUCUUUUAGCCUUAUGGGAGCAGUAAGGUCACUUCCUGUCUGUGCAGAUUCCAACAGACCUCACAGAGACCUAGACCAGGACAGAUCUGAGUCUGAGUUAGAUGUCGUAUUAAUCAACUCCAGACAGGGUGGAGCAGGUGGAGGUGACAGAGCUGAAGGCCUGACCAGGUCUCACUACCCCCGUCCCACAUGGGAGAUCUCCACCUACAACAGCCCCUCUAUCAAUACAGCGUCAGCAGACCCCCAUCACCAGCAGUCCUGGUCAGGGGUCCAGCAGAUGGACCACCUCUCUGAUCAAAACCUCAUCUUCCAGGCACCCAGCACUCAGAACCAGGAGUCUGGAACCCAUCAGCCCCACCUCCCGUUUGCCUGCCCUUUCUGCCCUCGUCGCUACUCCCACCAGUGCAAACUCCGCAUCCACCAGCGCGCCCACACUGGCGAGAAACCUUACCAGUGCCCCCAGUGUGGGAAGAGGUUUGGACAGGUGUGCAGCGUGAAGCGGCACCAGAUGGUCCACACAGGGGAGAAACCGUACCCCUGCCCCCACUGUGGGAAACAGUUCUCCACCUCUACCAACCUGAAGGUGCACCAGAGCGUCCACACUGGAGAGAAACGCUUCAGCUGCUCAAAGUGUGGGAAGAACUUCUCCUUCCUCAGCAACCUCAUCAGACACCAGGCACUACAUAGCAACAGGUGACCCAGACACAAAGAUACAAUGAGACAAAGAAACAGACAGACACAACAAAGACUAACGUGUCAACAGAGAUCAAGAACUUCUCGUUCCUCCGUUACCUCAUAAGACAUCAGGCACUUCACAGGAACAUGUAACAGAGACAAAAAGAUAUCGACAUGAGGUUUAAGCAUAGACUGUAUAUACUACGGACAACUUGGUUCUGCCUUCCGCCUGUAUACGGAUUUGAAGCCGAAAAGCUCUCGGUAAUUGUGUUUUUUCUCCAUUUCCUGAAACCAACAUUGCGCAGUAGCAUGGUACGCAUUCAAUGGGAGAGUUGCUGUCAGUCGCUAUCAUGACACUUGGCUCAGACAGUGUAUCCCCUGGGUGAGCUACGCAAUCUUUGUACGCCCAUGGGCUGUAUCAGGUGUCAAUCAUAGAAAACAUGAACCCCCUACUAACUUUUAAAAAUGGAGCUGCACAGAAAAAAGAGGACUUGAGCACAAACCUGUCUUACAAUAACUACAUGUCAACAUCACAACCAGGGAGGAGAAAAAAUUAUAUUCUGUAUAAUUAAUUUCUAAAGUUUGUCCACAACUCCAGAAGGAUGGCUGGAGGAGGCGGGAUUUAUGACCUACACUUGAGCCUGUCACCAGAGUGUGCUGUUCUUGCGGUGGCUUCACCAAGUGAGGAGGCAGACGAUGUCUAUUCUAUAUACAGUCUAUGGGUUAAAGACACAGGGACACUGAGAGACAGGUAGACAAAAAUGCAAAAAUACAGAGUGACAGGGAUGUACAGACUCAGAGGCACAGAAUAACAAACACAAAUUUGCAAACUAAAAAAGAGCCUUCAGCUUUUGGCAGCCACAUACUAUACCAGACUCGACAAAGCAACAAGUGAGCGAGAGAAAGACUCAAGACAUGAAGAAACAGAGAUGCAGCACCACAAAGAGACCAAACAAAGAGGACAGAGAUGUAGAUACCCAGCCACACCGGGACUAAUCUGAAAUCUUGUAUAAAAAACUUCUAAGCAGACACUGCAAAGCCAUCAAUGAUGCAAACACCAAGACACAAAACGACAGCGGAAAAAUAUGGCAAAGUUUGCAUGCUCUGAUCAAACUGAUGAAGAGACACAUAGAGCUUGAAAAAAGAUAUAGGCAAAUGAAACCAAUAAACUCAAAUCAGCAGACAUUGCACAACAUCGAGAGAUGGAGAUACAAAGAUACAAGGAUGAGGGACACAGAAAAAAAAAAAACUGAUGCAAGGAGACAAAGACAAAGAUACAGAAACAUACACAAGAAUAUGGAAACAAAAUGACAGAGACAGACACAAGGAGACAGAUACAACGAAACAGAGACAGACACAAGUAGACAGAAAAAAAGAGACUGACAAUGAGACAGAGACAAGGAGUCAGAGACUGAUACAAAGAGACUGACUAAGAGAAACUUAUACAGAGAGACAGGUACAGAUACACAGAAACAGAGAAGACUGUUGAAAGAGACAGAGACCAAUACAAAGAGGACAGGGACAGGUACAGAUACAAAGAGACAUGGACACAGAUGGAUAUAAACUGACUACACUUUAGACUGAAACAUUCAAACUACAGAUGUGAUUCAACCGCCAACCGUCCUACGUUUCUCUGACAUAAAGCUGUCCAGGUGUGGAUCUCACUGUGCCUUUACAGACUGGAGUUACAGAGGGACGACUGUUUGUCCUUUGACUUCUUUUCAAAUUUAUAGUUUGCGCCCUCUAAUGUUCUCUGUCUCUGAUGACUGUGGUUUCUUUCUUAAUAUAACUGUCUUCUUCUUCUUUGGAUUCAUUUUGUCAAGAGCUGGAGAACAUCACGGUGCAAUAAAGGAUCUCUGACAGCUCAUUGGUUGUCCUGUCACUGUUUCCUUAUUUUGAUGAAAAAUUUAGUCAUUUUGUUGAUUUUUGGCAGAAGUAACAGACUCCUGGGUGAAGACAUGUAGAGGCCCCUACCUCUCCCAUACAACUUUAAACUGGAGGAGACUUUGACACAACCCCUGUGGACUUCAAAGUUGAUAUGUUGUCGUGUUUUAAAUACCGUACUUACUAUUUAAUCCAAUUAAAAUCUGUGACUCUUUAAAGUGUUUUAAAGCCAUGCUUAAUGCAAAAGCUGAAACUAAAACACCACAUGAAUGCAUAUCAUGCCAAAAGCCUGAUAUGUACAUUCAGCUGAUGUAUAUUUAACACACAUCAGCGCAUUUAGUUUCUUCUAAAGGAAUUGGAUGAGUGUCCUGCAGAGCGUCAGAUCAUAAAUGAAGGAAAAAUUCUGAAACAUAAACUGUAUAUACUAUGAACAACUUGGUUCCGCCUAGAGCCUGUAUACGGAUUUGAAGCCAAAAAGCUCUCGGUAUUUCCGGGAUUUUUCUUCAUUUCCUGAAACCAGCGCUGCGCAGUAGCAAUGCGCGCAUUCGGCCGCACAGUUGCUGAGAGUCGCUGUGAUGACGCUCGGCUCAAACAGCGUAUCCCCCGGGAGAGCUACGCAAUCCCUGAACGCCCAUAGGCUGUAUCAGGUGUCAAUCAUAGCCAACAUGAACCCCCUAAUAACUUUUAAAAAUGGAGCUUCACAGAAAAAAGAGGACUUGAGCACAAACCAGUCUUACAAUAACUAUAUGUCAACAUCACAACCAGGGGGGAGAAAAAAUUAUGUUCUGUGUAAUAAAUUUCUAAAGUUUGUCCACAGCUCCAUAAGCUUUGCUGGCAGAGGUGGGAUUUAUGACCUAUACUGCAGCCCAUCAACAGAGGGUGCUGUUCUCGGAGUGGCUUCACCCAGCGAGGAGGCAGACUCUGUCCAUUCUAUAUACAGUCUAUGGUCUGAAAUCAAAAUUUAGGAAAUGCACUGAAGGCAGAAGUAAAAAAAAUCUGAUUGUAAACUGAAUAAUGCAUAAAAUAAAGAAAUAAUAAAUACUAGGCCGUUAGUGAGAGGAGGACCAGGUCUAAAUAAAAAUUAAUCCGGGGCUACAAAGAUUAUCCAUUGCACUAUGUCUUUAAAGCUCAAUAAGUGAGCGACUUGUGAUGCCUCGGUUCUCCACUGAACAACUGAUAAAGUCUUUUGCUCCAGCAGCAGUGAGAUUUUUUAAUAGUAUAUGCUAGGAUCUGACUUGGCACUGCUGUAUAGUUUGUAGAGGUAUUUAUUUUAGUUUUUAUUCAUUUUUGUCAGGUUUUUGUUGUAUUUAAUCAUGUCCUAAACUUUUAUUGUACCAUUUUUAAAUCAGGUUUCAUCGGCCUUUACUGUGUUUGUUGUAUAUCUGAUGUUGAGUCUAUGUUUUUCUAAUGUCUCCAUGCUAUUUGUUGUCAGUAUGAGUCUUCUUGUUCUGGUGGUGAAAUAGUUUCCCCCAUGCAGGAUCAAUAAAGUCUACCUUACCUUUCAA